GUGAGUGCUUGGUUAAAAAGAGCUUCACCGGGGACGCGUCUCAACAAACCCUACUCUGUUCGUUCCUAAACCUCACCGGUUGCCGGAGCGAUAAUCACGUAUUCGUCCCGUUAGAGAUAGAGUCGGGGGGACAAACGGAGAUUUCGACUUUCCAGUAUGGACCUGGACGACAUCGACGCGCCGAACCAGGUUCCGUCUCGGACUUCAAGAUUUGCGCCGAAAUCCAAGCCGAAAUCGAAACCGAACUCCCAACCUGAGCCUCGAGAGUCCGUACCGAAGGCAGAGCCCCGGGAACUCGGUGCCGCAAUUCCGAAUAAAAAGGAAGAUGAAGAAGCAAUGACGGCAAUGGCCGAAGCUUCGGCUUCGGCUUCGGCUUCUAAUGGCGAUGUGAAAAUGGAGGAUGAAACCCUGUCGGAAGCCAAGGAAGAAUCUAUGGAAGAUGAUGCCAUGGAGGAAGACGCAGUUGUCCGCGAAAUCGACGUCUUCUUCAAUCCCCCCAUGGAUGACGACACGAAGCUAUAUGUUUUGCAAUAUCCUCUGAGACCGUCCUGGCGGCCAUACGAUUUGGAUGAUCGUUGUGAAGAGGUUAGGGUGAAACCUUCCAGUGAUCAAAUGGAAGUAGAUUUGGCACUAGAUGUCGAUUCCAAGAAUUUUGACCAAGAUUUCGGCAACCGUCUGAAGUUGACGAAGCAGACUUUGUCGUCAUCGUGGAAGGUACCUCACACAACUGGCCACGCUAUUGGUGUUCUGAUAGGUAAUAAGUUGCACCUGAAUAUAAUUCAUACAGUUGUGCAGCUCCGACCAUCAUUGGAACAUCUGAGGUCUGGUGGCUCAAAAAGGAAGAACAAUGUUGCAGGGGAUGGAGAAGUUACAGUUAAAUUGGAAGAAUCUGCUGAAGGAAGAUCUGUUAGUCCAUCUAAGAAGCAGAACAAGCGGAUAGAGUCUUCAACUGAGGAGAAAACCAAUUAUGAAGAGCCUUGGGUUCCUCUCAAGUACCAUGGCUCAAAGAGUGAUUUCUCUGCCAGAUAUUUACAAAGAAUGGUGGAACAAAAUAGCUCUCCUAUACAAUUUAAAAUGAAUCCGCACGAUUAUGUUGACUCCUUGUGUCCCGGGGCAUCUAACAACAACAUUAAACCGAAAACUACUUCAAAAAGGUUUAUGCUCUCACUGCCUUUGGAAGAACGAAUUAAGAAACUGCUGUGUGAGCAGGGACCUCCAGCUCACCGAUUCAGCUUUCUGAAACACUUUGCUUUAGAUUGCUGCGAUGAAGAAUUUUUGCAAGUCCUUCAGAAGUAUGCUUUACUAGUCCAAGGUCUUUGGGCUCCAAAAAGUUCAUUGCUACUUCUGGAAGAUGGUGAAUCGUCCUUAGUUAGGGAUUACUUACUUCUUUUAUUUAGCGAGAAUUCAACAAUUUCAGAAUCAGAUUUGUUAUCAAAUAUCCCAACAAAUCUUAGGAAAAAAAUGGAAGUCUUCCUGGAUGCUUUUGCUGUCAAAAGAUCUUCAUUCAAAUUUACUGGUUGGAAAUUUAAAGAGCCUGCUGAUGCUUCUUUUAUAAAACGCUACCCAAAAAUUGUUGACGCACAAAAAGAGGUUUGGAACAGUAUUGAGAAAAACUUAAAGAAGUAUAUUGGAGGUAAAAAAAGAGGGCCGCGCGAAAGGAAUGCUGACCCAAAGCCUAUAGUAACUGGUACACCUGGGAAAACUGUAAACCCUAUUGGAACCUUAAUGAAAAAUGCAAUUGGAGUAUCCAGUGGGAGGAAGACCAUGUCUGAAGAAACUCGAGAAGCUCUACCUAAGGCCCUCACAAAAGUUUUUCAAACUCACAAGGUUUGCAGCUUCCAGCUGAUAUGUCAAGGUCUGCGUCAAUUGGCGAUUUCUGUGUCUACUCUUCCAAAGGCAGAUGCUAGAAUGGUGGUUGCUGCUGCUUAUGGCGUUGACGCUCCUUCUGAAGAGUUGCAUGAGAUUAUAAACCAAGUUGCAACAAAUAUUCAUGGUCUUUAUGUCUUAAAGUCGUCUCCAGAACACCCAGAAUACGAUCCAUUGAGGAAAGUUGUUAUUGAUCUUCUACGUGGAGGAUCACCUGAUGUAAAGCUUAAAAAGGCUAAUGUAUAUCAAGCUGCCAAGGAGGUUCUUAAGAGGGAUAUCUCCAUUAAUGAAUAUAAUAAGGUCAUGAAUGAUAUUUGUGUUUCCAAAGGUUCUGCGUGGGUCUUGAAAAGUGGCGAUGGAAAUCCAACAUGAUUUUACCUUGUUCAUUGGAUUAAUGACAAGAAAAUUUUUCAGGGUACAAAGAGGAGCAAGUUAAGAGAUAUGAUGCUGGUCAAGCAUGUUCACAUGCUUUUUUUUCCAGUUUGCUACAAUGAAGGAUCCCAAAGAUUGGCUGCCAAUAUGAUGGUAGAGAACGAGUUCUUAACCCUUUUUGUUGACAACGAUAGAAUAUGAUGGUAGAGAAGGAGUUCUUUUGUUCUUCGAACUUUGAUACUUGUAGUAAAUAUAAUAUAAAUAGCUAGUAAUCCGUCAGAAAGUGGUUAUUUAGCAUCA